AUGGAAGUGUAUAUCGAUGAUAUGCUCGUAAAAUCCCUUGACGAACGCGAUCAUAUAACUCACCUAGAAGAGUGUUUUGCAAGGCUGAACCAGCAUAACAUGAAACUUAACCCGUCAAAAGGCAGGUUCACGGUAGCAUCGGGAGAGUUCCUCGGUUACCUCGUGACAUUUCGCGGGAUAGAGGCCAAUCCAAAACAAAUCGACGCACUGAUAGAAAUGGUCUCCCCGAUGCCUUCCGAGUUUGAGUGGUCGGAGGAGUGUGAGAAGGCUUUCCAACAGCUGAAACAUUACCUGGCCACUCCUCCCGUUCUUGCAAAACCUGUAGAGGACGAACCUUUAUUCCUCUAUAUCGCGGUCUCCGCAUCGGCAGUCAGUGGCGUCUUGAUACGAGAAGAACGCGGAGAACAAAAGCCAAUCUUUUACGUAAGUAAGACACUACUAGACGUUGGAAACUCGAUACCCAUUGAUGGAAAAUUGGCAUUUUCCGUCAUAAAUUUGGCAAGAAAGUUGAGACCGUAUUUUCAGUCUCAUACCAUAGUGGUUCUCACCACGUUCCCCCUGCGGACGAUUCUGCCCAGCUCAAGCCAGUCCGGCAGACUCGCAAAGUGGGUAAUCGAAUUAAGCGAGUACGACGUCGAGUAUCGCCCAAGGAAUUGCGCGAAAUCACAAGUACUCGCAGAUUGUUUUGUAGAAUUACCCACAGGAGACAUAACCAACGAAGAGCCAAAUUCGACUUGGGUCCUUCACGUCGACGGAUCAUCGUCUAAACAAGGAUCUGGGAUCGGGAUUCGACUCACCUCACCUACCGGAGAAAUCCUAGAGCAGUCAUUCCGUUUGGAUUUUCACGCAUCAAACAAUGAGGCGGAGUACAAAGCGCUUGUCGCAGACUUGCGGCUUGCCCAUGGACUAAAAAUCAGUAACAUUCAAGCUUACUGCGACUCUCAGUUAGUCGCGAACCAAUACAGUGGAGAAUACGAAGCAAGGUUUGAAAGGAUGGAAGCGUAUCUGAAACUCGUCCAAGACUUGGCCCGUGACUUCAACCAGUUCGCCCUCACUAUGAUUCCCCGUUCGGAAAAUGUCCAGGCCGAUGCCUUAGCCGCCCUCGCCUCAAGCUCAGACCCGGGACUUAAAAGGAAAAUCCCCGUCGAAUUCAUAGAACACCCGAACAUCGGACCACCAGUGGUCAUCAAUCUGAUCAGGGCGCAGAUUGAAGAUGCGGAAGAAAACGAAGAUCAGCCAGAAGAAGAUGCGGAUCAAACCGACUACGGCUGCGACAGCCCUUGGUUAGAACCCAUUCGAGCCUAUAUCGUGGAUGGGACCUUACCCGCUGAGAAAUGGGCAGCCCGAAAGGUGAAGACCCAAGCAGCGCGGUACAUCACGAGAGAAGGCGAAAUUUAUAAAUGGCGUUUCUCCGGCCCUCUCAUGACAUGCGCUGAAGGAGAAAAGGCGAUAAAUAUCAUGGAAGAGGUCCAUUCCGGGUCGUGCGGAAAUCACUCCGGCGGAAGAUCCCUCGCAAUCAAAAUAAAACGCCAUGGAUAUUAUUGGUCAACUAUGAUCAAAGAUUGCGAGAAAUUCGCACGGAAAUUCGAGAAGUGCCAAAGGCACGCUCCAACGAUUCGCCAACCCGCAGACAUCCUCUCUUCUAUCUCGUCCCCAUAUCCCUUCAUGCGGUGGUCCAUGGACAUUGUCGGACCUUUACACAAAUCAAAGCAGAAACGUUUCCUCCUAGUCCUCACGGAUUUCUUUUCAAAAUGGAAGAACUCGAAGGAGUUCUCUGGUCACAUCGAACCACCCCGAGACGAGCAACAGGAGAAAAUCCCUUCGCCCUCGUCUACGGGACAGAAUGCAUGA